AUGCACGACCCCACCGAGCCUCAAGUCCAGCGGCUUAACCACGACACCACCGAGCCUCAAGUCCAGCGGCUUAACCACGACACCACCGAGGCUCAAGUCCAACGGCUUAACCACGACACCACCGAGGCUCAAGUCCAACGGCUUAACCACGACACCACCGAGCCUCAAGUCCAGCGGCUUAACCACGACACCACCGAGCCUCAAGUCCAGCGGCUUAACCACCACCCCACCGAGCCUCAAGUCCAGCGGCUUAACCACGACACCACCGAGCCUCAAGUCCAGCGGUUUAACCACGACACCACCGAGCCUCAAGUCCAGCGGCUUAACCACCACCCCACCGAGCCUCAAGUCCAGCGGCUUAACCACGACACCACCGAGCCUCAAGUCCAGCGGCUUAACCACGACACCACCGAGGCUCAAGUCCAGCGGUUUAACCACGACACCACCGAGCCUCAAGUCCAGCGGCUUAACCACGACACCACCGAGCCUCAAGUCCAGCGGCUUAACCACGACACCACCGAGGCUCAAGUACAACGGCUUAACCACGACACCACCGAGGCUCAAGUCCAACGGCUUAACCACGACACCACCGAGACUCAAGUCUAA